AAUAGCUCGAGACUUCUUUAGAUAUCGUGCACCAGCUGUUGUUUACAAAAAUACAUAGACCGCAGCCCCUUGUCUUACCAGACGCCACUGUUCUAUCAUGCCGGUACAUCAUAUAAGAAGCAUAAGAUAUUACAGUUUUGAUUGUCCCGUUGGUAGUUUAAUCGUAAGUGUAACUCGUCGAUUUUAUUGUCCAAAGAUAGCAAAUGUGCAAUCAGAAUUGAGGGAAGUGAGGGUUUAUUCGAUUGCCUUCGACUUCUCAGCAGGCAGCCCGCUCUCCGGCCUCUCUUUCUCCGCCUCCACUUCACGCAGAUCACGGAGCUCGGGCCUGUCCCGAGGGAGCCGCAUAUCCUCCGCCUUGAGCUCGUCAGAGUCGUGAAAGAAGAAAAAGGAUUUGGCUAGUCCAUUUGAUGGGGCGGGGUCCUGGACAUAACCAUGAAGACCACGUCCUCAGGACGAACACUAUGGUUUGGCUCCCCAGCUUCCUGCAUGGUGGGACUUCCAGCCUGGUGUCCACUCUCACCACCUUCCCCAUCUACAAGAUCGUGUUCCGCCAGCAGUUUCACAGCACCGUAGUCAGCCAGGCGAUAGGCCAACUCAGGAAGGAGGGUUUCCUGAAGCUCUACAGGGGGGUGGUGCCCCCUCUACUGAUGAAAACCCUGAACGGGACGCUACUUUUCGGGAUACAUGACACUUUCCUCCACUGUCUCUCCUCCAUCACCAACCCCUGCGGUGUCAUCCCUCUCUCCACGUUACCAGCUGUGGCCGGGCUCGGCACAGGCAUGGUGGAGGCCUUGGUGUUCACGCCAUUUGAGCGUGUGCAGAAUGUGUUGCAGAACGGGGGCAACGACCGCAGCCUGCCCACCCUGAGGAGUGUGCUGGCCCGGCUGAGGGCAGAGAGGCUGGGGUCGGGGUACUACAGAGCCUUCAUCCCCAUACUGGCCCGUAACUCCCUGGGAAGCUGCAUCUACUUCGGUCUGAAGGACCCCAUCAGUGCUGCUCUGAGGGAGAAGGGGCUUCCUCCUAUGGCCUCAUCCUUCCUGUCAGGAAUGGUAAUCAGCUCCAUGGCGAUCAACCUGCCCCUGUAUCCUCUGUCUGUGCUGGUGGUCAACAUGCAGGCUGGGGUGGUGGGUGAGGCAGCGGGGGUGAGGGGGAGCUGGAAGGCACUGUGGGAAGGUCAGCUGAAGAGGAGCAUCCCCCUGCUGUACCGCGGAGGUUCCCUGGUUAUCCUCAGGAGCUGUAUCAGCUGGGGAAUCACUACAGCCCUCUACGACCGACACUCCGCACACUGAAACACAACACCUCAUUGCUCCAUUCCAGACAAGGUCUGCGUCACAAAUUGCACCCUAUUCCCUUUGCAGUGCACUACUUUUAGGGCCUUGGUGAAAAGUAGUGCACUAUAUAGGGAAUAGGGUGCAAUUUGGGAAGCAUCCAGGAAGAACUUCAUAGGGUGUAUGUAUGUCAAUAGUCUGAAGUGCUUUCCUUUCUCGUCUCUUUCUCGCUCUCUCUCUCUUUCUCUCUCUCGCUUUUUCUCUUUCUCUCUCUCUUUCUCUCUCUAUUUCUCUCUCUCGGUCUCUCUCUCUCUCUCUUUUCCUUCAUCUGCCUGGUGUGAAACCUGAGUGGUGGGUGUGUAUGGCAUGCACCAUAUUGCGCACAUCCGCUAGAAAUUAUGAGCAGAUAAAUCAAGAUCAAAGGAGCAAAGGAGAGGUGAAGGAGAGGUGAAGGAGAGGUGAAGGAGAGGUGAAGGAGAGGUGAAGGAGAGGUGAAGGAGAGGUGAAGGAGAGAAGAGCAGGAGAGGAGACCACUUUUGACUAUUGAAACGGUACCCUUGGUGAUGACCGCUGAUGUCUUAUGGAUCUGUUCUGUUCAGGAAUGCAGCAUGUUCUCAAGGAUGGUCCAGCACCUGCAGUUGGGCACCACUUUAUUAGUCAGGCCAUGCAAAACUUUUAACUUGACAGAUUUCUAUUUUGUUUUUGAGGGACAGCCGUUAAAGAUUUAAUUACAUUUGUAUGGCCUCAGUCAUCAAAACUCUCUGGUAUCAGGUUUUUAUGACCCAAAGAUUACUGUGCAAUGACGUUUAAUGGUUCUAUUUCUCUCAGGUGCCUCACUGUUUCCUAUUUUUUUAAGUCCUGAAUGUAUCAAAGCCUAGGAGAUCCAUUUAUGUUCAAGGUGCUCUGUCAAGGUUCGUCAACAUGGACUUUAAUAUUUCAAUGAACAACUGCAUGUGAAUCAAAUAAGAUAUGUAUCACUCAG